GAGUAUAACCUUGCAGGAUUGCAAACAAUAGAAGUCUCUACACGUUUAAAAUAUAGGAUACAGUUUACCAAAUAAAAUCUGUCCCAUUUGUUAAACGUCAGAAGAUAAAAUCAGAAGGGCUUCAUCGUCACUUUAGUCCACUUCAUUGGCUCAGUGAAUCAGAUUCGGGCGGCAUGGCAGAUGGCUAACCCUUUCCUGUCCUGACGCACUGGAGGUGUCCUGCAUCAUUCGUCUGUUCAGUCGAAUCGUUCUGUAACCUGCAAACAUCUGAGAUCUUUCCAUGGAUAGAUCCACAGUAGCCGAACAGGUGGAGAAUGUGGAGCGUAACGUAUCUUUCUUGCAGCAGGAACACAGGAUCCUUCUAACCGGUCUAUGCCUUGAGAUACGCAGCUUGAAGAAAAGAUGCAAUGACCUGAGUUGUUAUCUGAGUGAAAGGUCACCUGUAAGAAGCCGAGAAGAUAUUGCGCUAGAGGAAGAGUUGCUGCAGGAACGAUUAUUGGAGACAGAGCAGCAUCUGGCUGAGCAAGAGAGUGCACUGGUGGAGCUGCGGGGAGAGCUACGGAAAAAGGGGGCUCUAGCGAGCGCACUUCAGGUUCGACUUAGAGAUGAGGAGCGGCGAUUCCUGGAGGAGCUGAAGCGGCGCAGUCAUAAGAUUAUGACACUGAGUCGUGACCUCCGCAAGCAGACUGAUGUGGCCGCUCAACUCUCCUUCCAACUGCAUUCUGCACAAUUUCGUCUCUACCACCAGACAGAGAACAAUGAAGAAGAGGAGGAAGAAGAGGAGGAUGAAGGAGGAGCCAUACAGGAAUCAGAUUGGACUGCAAGCUCCCCUUGGGCAUCUCCAGUAGCAGCGGAAAGCUCACGACAAAGCCGUGCUUCAGGAAGGAUGAGGCGAUCGGAGAAAGUGAGAGAAUGCAUUCCCCGUGAAAGGGUGCUUGGACCCGAGGAGCCUCGCCCCAUGCCUGACCCCGCUCUCUUCCUUUACCCUUUCCGACAUAGGCUCCUCCCUUUGCACAGGUCACUUGGAGGCCGCUGGCGGGAAGGUGGCCUUUCGGAGACUCAGAUAGGUAGAUUCAGGGACCGACCACUGAGAGAGGAUAUUGGAGCAGAAACUACAGAAUUAUAAGCUAAUGUCAAGGCUGGCUAUUUUGGAAGAUUUUGCUGACAAAUACUGAUCAGCCAAAUAUGUUGUUGAAUCCAUAAUGCUAUAUAAAGAAAAGUUUUCACUUGCCAUUGAGUAAUUAUUUGUGUCAAUAAAGUAAAUUAUUUUGAUCAUAUUCAACACUCUGAAUGACAAGGGAGGGUGUGUGAUGUAAACAGGUGUAUCAUUUAGUUCUUUUUUGUUUUCUCUUUCUCUGUCUGACUGUAAAACGCUUUAUUUUUAACCGAU